AUGAUCCUACUAGGAUUGAAGGACCCAUUUGUACCUUUUGAGAAUGCUGUAUGUAAAAUCAUGUUUGGCGGCACUGUUGACGCUAUUCGCAGUGCUUUUGAACGUAGUCGUAGUAAAACAUCUGAGACUGUGCCACCUAAUCUAUCAAGUGUUAGUGGAACAACCGCUUCGACCGCAACAAUGAAUAUGCCUGGAAGUGCAAACUUUUCUUCAACUGGUGCGGGUACAGGACAGACUAGUCCAGGUUUAGCCAACAGUAAUGCGAACAGUGCAAAUUCACCGGGGAUGAGGGAAGCGGUCAGUCGUCAAACUCCAUCACCAAGUGACAAGAAACGUGACUGA